CUGAAAAUGGCCGAGUCAGAAGAAGAGGUGGACGUCUUGGUGCAGAGAGUUGUCAAAGAUAUCACUAACGCCUUUAAGAGGAAUCCUAAUAUAGAUGAGAUUGGGCUCAUACAGUGCCCCGAGGCCCGCUACAACAGAAGCCCCAUCGUCUUGGUUGAGAAUAAACUAGGAGUGGAGAGCUGGUGUGUCAAGUUCCUGCUGCCAUACGUGCACAACAAGCUACUGUUGUACCGUCAGCGCAAGCAGUGGCAGGACAGGGAAGUGCUGGUGGACAUCACUUGCACGCUACUGCUGCUAAAUCCAGACUUCACUACUGCUUGGAAUGUCAGAAAGGAGCUGCUUCAGCAUGGUGUGCUGAAUCCAGAGAAAGACCUCUAUUUGGGAAAACUGGCACUGACCAAGUAUCCCAAGAGCCCAGAGACAUGGAUACACAGGAGGUGGGUACUACAGAGGCUGCACAGGGAGUGCUGCCCGUCUCCAUCGGACCAGAAGGAGCAGAGGGGCCAGGCCGAGGCGUGGGCCAACGGCAAUGGCCCGGGUCACGGCGAGCGCCUGCAGAGGGCCCUGCACGAGGAGCUGAGGGUGUGCGCGGACGCCGCCAGCCGCUACCCCAGCAACUACAAUGCCUGGUCUCACCGCAUCUGGGUGCUGCAGCACAUGUCUCAAGGCAGCGUGAAGGUCCUUCAUGACGAGCUGUCCUCCACGAGGCUCUGGGUGUCCAUGCACGUGUCUGACCACAGUGGCUUCCACUAUCGGCAGUUCCUGCUCAAGGCCUUGCUGGGUGAGCUGGGCCAGGCCCACAAUGGGUCCCAGACUGAGAGCCUCCACCCCCCGCUGGAUCCCCGACCAGCGGCACAGUCUAACGGAGAGGCCGGGGCCUGUGAGGCGGGCCUGACGGACGACCCCCAUGCUGACACCAUUCCUCAGCUCUUCCGUGAGGAGAUGGAGCUCUGCACUGACCUCAUCGAAUCGUACCCCGGCCACGAGACACUCUGGUGCCACAGACGGCACGUGUUCUAUCUGUGGGACCGCUGGCAGAAACUCAGUCAGGGGACAGGGUCCUUGUCCCCAGCUGUUACCGACAGCAACGCCCUCCUCAGCGAGGUUCGAGACCCGUGCGAUGAGCUCCAGGCCUCCCGGGCCAUGGACAUCGACUGCGUACAGGAUGGCAGCAAACACGGAGGCUACACGCAGGACACGAAACGUCUGAAGCGCGGGCCCGUCUCUCCGUGGCCCGGACUGCUCUCUGAGCAUGCCUUCAUCUCGCAGGUCCUCGGCACCCGCUCCACCCCGGAGCAGGGCCGCUUCGCCAGAGCCUACAGGAAGUGGUUGGACUCCGUCAUAGGUCAGUAGUGUGAGAAAUGCCUCCUCCCCCCAGAGGUGGGCGAGCCACGAUAGGCCAUCUUAGUUCGGGCACCACUCAUUUAUGUCCCUGCCCGCUGAAAAUGGUUUGGACUCCAGUUGGACAGAGAAGCUCAUUGAGUGAAUUCCCCUUCAUGAUGAAAACCACUAGCAAGCCUUGGCAGAGUACAGUUCUGCUCUAGCUGACGUGCUACGCCCACUUUAGUUCAGGUACUUGAUAUCUCAGGUCUGUUCCGAAAUGUCGUUAUUUACGACUUUUUAUACCAUUUAUCUUUGUAAUCUUCUGGUGGUUUUGUUUUGGUUUUUUUCCUUUUCCUGUUCCACGACUGCAGGAUGUGCACACGUCUUCGGUUUUAGAUCUUCUGUCAAAGGACUUUGGUGCACACCUGAGAGUUUAUGCAGCCCAAAGUGAUCCUGACCCACUUUCUCUUUUUUUUUUUUUUUUUUUUUUUUUCCUUCUUUUUUUAUGUUUAAUCAAGAGCAGACAGGGCUUGGGUGCCUGUCUGCAGCUCCUCUUUUGAGCUUUUGUACUGACGAAUACAAAUCUCUGAGCGUUUUUGCUCAGACUCAGCAAUGUGAGCACAAUCAAGGGUUUUUAAACGACUCGAAGUCUGUCUAGCAGGUCAAGCCAUUUCUAAGUGAGACUAUUAAUACGUUUGUGUGUAGCUAAUAAACAUGCAGUGGAAACGGGCAGUGCUUGCGAGGUUUUUAAGGGUUUAUUUCCCGGUUCCUCAUCUGCCCCUGCAUGAAUGGAGCCCGAGCUUCUCACAUUUAACUUUAAUCUCGGUGAAGCACAUGGCAUUCUCAUCGCAUGCUAAAAACAGUUCAUCCGGACAGAAACACCAAAUGCUGUCUAAUGAAUGUCAGUGUUUAAGCACAAACAGCGAUUUUGUUCAUUUUGUUUGUUUGUUUGUUUGUUUGUUUUAAUACUCUUUUACAAAGGUCUCACACAAGCAUGGCUUUUCCUUAUGAAGGGGAAUUUCAGCAUUUGUGGUAGUGCGCGCCUCGUGUGCGUGUGAAAUUGUUACUUUAUUAGAAUCCAGUACAAGCUACCUAGUUAAAGUCUAACACUCGCUAAAUGGUGCUCAUUUUUUCGACGCCCGUGAAACAAGGCUUUAACGUGCCUGGGUUGACAUGCUGCUUAACUUUAAACGAUACUUUUGAACUAAGUUUAUGCAAAACACACAAAAAAAAAAUAACUUUUGUAUCCUGAUCUAAAAUUCAUGGUAGCUUUACUUGUCAUGAUUUAUUAUGUUUAAGGACAUUCAUAGUUGAGCCAGCCCUCUUUCAGUACUGACCUGUAGUAAUAACUCUUCACAUUGAACUUUAACAGUAGCAGAAGUAAUAGCACGUUUCUCAAGGUCUGUUUGUUAGAAACACACAAGCAAUAUGACCUCAUCAAUCUUAUGGAUUACGUCGCUUCUA